UAGGUGGGAUUUGUAGACCAGAUUAAGGAGUUUGGAUUUUAUCUUAAAUUCUGUGGGAAACUACUAAAGCAGAGUAUACUUUUUCUUUUAAAAAAAGAUUGAUCUUGUGUUAUAUUUGUAUUCCAGAAAGGCAAGAUUGGAAAGGGGGAGAACAGCUUGGAGGCUCUUGACGUUAGUCCAAAUGAGAGACUGGUUGCAGUGGAGAUGGAGAGAAGUGGAUGGAUAUAAGCUAUAUUUUUGAGCUCUGCCUUGGAUAGACACUGCUGAAUCUGUAAGAGAUGCCACUGCCACUGCCACUACCACUUGGAAGCUCCAAACAUGAGACUAAGAAAUCUCAGUCCAGCAAAAUUGUGCCCAGUGAUCAUGGCCAAUCUGAAAAGAGAGAGGAGAAUUAUCAAGCAAAGAUAUCUCCAUCUUCACCUCAGGGACCACUCAAAAAGAGAUCAGCUUUGGAAGAUCUCACCAAUGCUUCUCAGAGUCAACCUGUCCAGCCCAAGAAGGAAGCUAAUAAGGAGUUUGUUAAAGAUAUUUCCAAGAAGAUAAACAGGAACAUACCUGCUCUGGAAUUGGCCAAAAACAAUGAGAUGAAUAUAAAAAAGUAUGAGAUGGAACCCUCAUCAUCAGCAGUUACCACCAUGGUACUAACCUUUGUGGAGAAACCUCUCACUGUGAAUAUAUCUACCAUCUCCAAAACACCCACUACUGAAGAAGCAUUUCUUUUAAAAAAGCCAUUAGUUUUAAAAGAGAAACCCACUACUGGGGACACAACCCACAUCAAGAGGUCAUUAUCUUUAAAGAAGGACAGAAAUUGGAAUAAGGCAUCUCACUUAGUGGAGCCACUAUCCUUGCUAGAGGAGACUGAGAGUGAUUUGGAGUUUGUUUCAGAGCCAGUGACUUUUGGGAAUAAGCAUAAAACUGCGGAGGAAACUUUGGCUAAAAGAACAUUAUCCUUCACAAAGAUGUGCACGUGUCAGGGGAAGAAGUCCUGCUGUGGGAAGGAGUUGACCUCACUGGACAUUAAUGUUGAAAAGGAUUCCUUUAUGGAGCCUAUGAACUUUAGGAAGAAGCCUAAAACUGAGGAGGCAACCCUCACUGAGAGGCUGUUAACUUUAAACAAGUGUACCACUCAGGAGAAGAUGUCCCAUAAGAAGAAGCCACUAAUAUUGCAGAAGGCCACCUCCAGAGAGAAGUUGCUCAAUAAGGAACCAUUGCCUUUUGAGAAGAAGCCUACUACUGAGGAGUUCCUUUUCCAAGAGUCAUCUCUGUUGCAAGAGAAGCACAGCACUCAGGGUCAGGGGGAGGUGUCCAUCUUGAAGAAGCCCUUGGCCUUGCAGAGGACUCCAAUUGAGGAGGAGUCACUUUUAAAAGAGCCUUUGGUUUUUAAGAAGAAGCAUACCAUUGAGGAGGCAACCCCCGAUGAGGUGCUAGUAUUUGUAAAGAAGAGACGUACCAUUGCAGAUAAGAUAUCCUGCUUGAAGAAGCCACUAGUAUUGCGGACCAUUUCUGAAGAGAAGUCACUCAUUAAGGAGCCAUUGUCUUUUAGAAAGAAGCCUACCACUGAGGAGGAGUUCCUCUUCAAGGAAUCAUCUGUGUUGCCAGAAAAGCACACUACUCAGGGGGCUGUGGCCCUCUUGAAGAAGCCAUGGGCAUUGCAGAAGAAUAUUCAUAGUAAAGAUGAAUUUCUUAUGGAACCAGUUUCCUUUAGGAAGAAACAUACCACAAAUGAGGCAAUUUCCAGGAAGGAUCCAUUGUCCUUAAAGAAGAAAAAGUACACCACUCAAAUAAUGAUGUCCAUCUGCCAAGAAAUGUUGGACUUGCAGAAUAUGAUUGGCAAAGAUAAGGGUUUCUUUGUUAUGGAGCCAGUGUCAUUUAGGAAGUCUUCAACUGAGGAGGCAAUCCUUACCAAGACACCAUUAUCUUUAAAGAAGAGGCGUAUCACUCAGAGGAAGAUGUUUCUCUUAAAGAAGCCACUGGUCUUAAAGAAGACCACCUCUAAAGAGGAGUCACUCUUUAAGAAGAUGUUGCCCUUUAAGAAAAAGCCUGCAACUGAUAAGGAGUUUCUUUGCCAGGAUCCAUUUCUACUGAAAGAAGAACACAUCACUCUGCAGGAGGUGUCUCACUCAAAGAAGCCAUUGACCUUGCAGGAAAAGACUACCGUUGAAGAAGAAUCAUAUAUUAAGAAACCAUUGGAAGAGAAGCCUACCACUGAGGAGAAAUUCCUCUCUCAGGAGCAAUUUUCAUUGCAUGUUAAACCUACCAACAAAGAUGAUUCCCUUUUCUGGAAGAAUUUGAACAUGCAGAAUAAGACUGAUACCAAAGAAGACUCCUUGAGGAAGCUCUUGAAUUUGCAGGAGAAAAGCAUCACUGAAGAGGAUUCCCUUUUCAAGCAACCAUUGGUUCUGAAGAAGAAACUCUCCAAUGAGGCAACAAGUAUGGAGAGUCAAUUAUCUUUAAAGAAGAAGCCCACUACUCAAAGGGAGGUGUUCCUCUUGAAGAAGCAGUUGCCCUUACAAAGGAACAUCACCAGUAAAAAGAAGUUCCUUAUUAAAGAGCCAUUGGCCUUGCAGCAGAAGCCCAGUAUUGAGAAGGAGUCACUCACUGAAGAAUUAACUUUUCAGGGGAAGCUUACCAUCAAUGACUCAUUCCAUUUGAAGAUGUUAUCCUUGAAUGAGAAACCCACCACUGGGAAGGAGUUGUCCUUUGAAGAUCCAUUGGCCUUGCAAGAUAAUCCCACCCAAAAGGAAGGCACCUUCCUUAAAGAUUUCUCGAUCCUUCAAGUUGACACCAGCUCACAUGUGUUCAACACUGCCCCUGAAUCCAGAACAGGCAUGUCCAGCUCUGGCACCAUGUCCAGUGUGAGCAAGUUUAAUACCACAAGGAAGUCCAGUGCUUGUAAAUCUAGUUCCAGUAAAACUUUCUCAUCUUGGGGCAAGAGAUCACAGAAGGAGCAGAUAACCCUACUGGAGCUAAUUGACGAGAGCCACUAUGAUCCAUUUUUCAACUUAGUAUAUACCAAGGAUAUCUUCAGAUACAUGAAGAAGAGAGAGGAAAAGUUCAUACUUAAAAAUUACAUGAACAGUCAAACUGACAUCAGCAGUGAUAUGAGGGGCAUUCUUGUGAACUGGUUGGUGGAUGUGCAGGUUACCUUUGAGCUGAAUCAUGAGACCCUCUACUUGGCAGUGAAGCUGGUGGAUCACUACCUUAUGAAGAAAAUAUGCAAGAAAGAGAAGCUGCAACUCCUUGGUUCCACUGCAUUUCUGAUUGCAGCAAAAUUUGAGGAGUCCUAUGCACCUUGUUUGGAUGACUUCCUGUACGUCUGUGAUGAGGCUUAUCAGAGACAUGAGAUGCUUGCCAUGGAAAUCAGCAUCCUAAAAGCCCUCAAAUUUGAUAUCAACAUUCCUGUUGCCUAUCAUUUUCUGCGCAUGUAUUCUAUGAGUGUCCAAGUCAACAUGAAUGCAGUAAUCUUGUCCCGAUUCAUCUGCGAGUUGACCCUGCAGGAAUAUGACUAUAUCCAGGAAAGGGCUUCUAAGCUAGCUGCUGGUUCCUUCCUCUUGGCCCUCCACAUGAAGAAGCUUGGACACUUGGCUCCUUCCCUGGAAUAUUACAGUGGCUACACGACCUCUGAUCUUUACCCCUUGGUCAAAAAGCUUAACACUCUGCUGACUUUGCAUCCUUGGGAUGAUAGGCUCAAGACUGUGCGUUCCAAGUAUUCUCACCAGCUCUUCCGUGAAGUCACCAAAAUCCCCCCCUUGGACAAGUUGAAGCUGGAUGAAAUUUUGAACUCCUGCUAAUUCUGAAACUGAGGGUCUGGAACUCUGGCAGCAGCUACCAGGGCCAGGCUAGCAUGUAGCUAGGCUAUAUUUAUUUUGUCCUUAAAUUUGUCUUUUGAUUAUUUUUCUUCAUUUUUACUCUUUGUUUGUCUUUUCCCAAAC